AUGGAAAAUAAUAUUUUAAUUAAAGAGGAAAUUGAAUUUAAUGAAAAAGAAAUCAAUAGCGAAAAUGAUUUAAAGAACCAUUUUAAUUUAUUAUCUAUAUAUUAUAAAAAAAAACUAAUUGAUAAACAAAUAUUUAAAAAACAUUUACUGACCCUGUUCGAUUCGAUGGCAGAAUAUAUAUUUAAUAGAAUUGAUACCAUUAGCCCUGAUACCGUGCUUCCCCAACUGCCCAAUGAAGAAUACAGUGAUGAAUCUAUAAAUGUAAUACUAAACAAAACCAGUGAAAUUAAAAAAAGCUAUCAAGAAAUAAAAGAUAUUAAACAUCAUAAACAAAAUGAAUUUAGAGCAGUUAAAGAAAAAAUUCGAAUACAAUCAAUUCUAGAAAUAGAGAAAGAAAAAAAACAAAAUGAAAAGACAAUAUUAAAAAACCAAAAAGAACAAGAAAAAGAAAGAGAAGAUGAAAAUGAAAAAACUAAAAGAGAUAACCUACUUUUAAAAUUUAGUUUUUUAGAUUUAUCAAAUAUUGAAAAAUAUUGUAAUAUUCAACAAGCAACGACAAACCAUUUAAAUUUAUUGACUGCUUUAUACAGAAAUAACCUAAUAGAUAAUAAUACACUAUUACAACACCUAAGAAUCAUAUAUGGCACUGAUAAUGCACAAAAUUACAUUAAAAGAGCACAAAACAUUCCACUAAAUAAACUACCAGAGAUACCUAAAGACCUUCAAUUACAAGAAAUUUUAAAUGAAUCUAAAAUUAUAAAAGAACUAAAUAAUAAAUAA